UUGUCAACCUAGUCUCACAGCCUGGCGAGUCCCAGGGAGAGGCUUUAUCCAAAUACGGACCAGAUGUGAUAACGUUCAAUAUGCCACUGGUGUACUAAUCGGGUGAAUGGUAGAAAUAUGGUGCCAACUUUGACGCCAUAGGGAUUCUGAUGAAUGGGGGAAUGCCCUUUAAGGAGUACCUGCAAAAGCACAUCUGCCACUCUCUUGGACUGACAUCGACUACAUUAUUCAUCCAUCGACGACCUGAUAUCUACCGUCAUCUAGUUGAUUGCAGAACCCGGGAUGCAGAGGGCAAACUCGCUCCCUGGCCAUUUGAUUCCAAGAUGAUAGUCUCGAAUUUCCGCAUGGAUGAUCUCAUUCAGGAGCAAGGCUGUAAUGGACUUCAUAGUUCGGCCCAAGACUUUAUCACUCUUUUAUCCGAUCUACUCCAGGAACAACCGACGCUUCUCAAACCUGAGACAGCGGAACUUCUCUUCCGCCCAGCUCGUGGGAGGCUCGGCGGCAGCCGAAGGACUCUUGGCUGCACGAGAAGGAAGCCUACUUAUCCAGGAUGGCAAUACUGCAGGGACCAUUUGCUGGUCGGGGAUGGGAUGUUUCUGGUAUAUGAACCGAGCUAAGGGCCUAGCAGCUGGCCUACUGAAUCGGACUUGGGAUUUUGGCGGUGUGUAUGACGCAGAUCGUACCAUUGCCUGAUGAGGAGGUGCAGCAGACACACGACAUGCAUUUGUAGAGGAGACAUGGCGGCUCCAUGGCAUUCAUAUUUAAUAAUAACAAGAACAGCUUCGAUAUA